GACGGCAGCUACGUUAUUGCAGUUUCGGAAUCAACGGUUUUUGGCUGUCUCUGUUGAAAACAAACGCAGUUGUUCUCGGGAAGCAUCAUAGCAGACAUCUUGCGAACGGCGGCACAGCUGCUCAAAAAUUGCUCUUCUUAAGUUAUUAAGUUUUUUUCGCGUGUGUAUGAUUAAUGAAGCGCGAAAUGAAGAUGUUUUCCAUACGUGGUGCUAACAUAUUGAUCCUCAAUAAGGAAAGUGGUGAACAGACGCGAAAAAUCGCAGUGAAAACCGAUCGUGUAACAAUUGGCGCCCAUCCGCUGAACAGCAUACGGCUCCACACACUCGAAGCAGAGCGGCUUCACUGUAAAUUGUUUGCCGAUUCAUCGAAUUCGGUAACAAUCCACAACUUUUCUGUGCGUAAUCCGGUCCUGCUGAAUGGCGUACGACUGGAGGGCAAAACAGUGAUACAGAAUGGCGAUAAAUUCGAAGUGGCUGGCUACUUAUUUGAGUGGAACUAUAAUCCAGCAAAUAUUAUUGCGGUUCGUAAAUCGACCAAACGCGCCACUUGUCUGCCCAGUAUUGGAAAGCCCAAAACAUUGAAACGCGUAAGAAGCUUCGGAGAACUUGUUAAACAAUGUUCUGUAAAAGUUCCGCGUGAUGUGGGCUUGAUGUUGAAUGCUAUUCGGAAACGCAGAACAAUACACAGCAUUAUUGUACCUUCAUUGAACCAAUCACCGGAAUCAGAUGGAACGCAUGAGAAUGUACAAUUAACCGGUAACACUCAUGCGCAGGCUGAUACCACCAUGCAAAUGGAAUUGAAUUCCGCCAAUCCUGUUGCAAACCCCAACGAAAUUUCAACAAUUGAAAAGGAAAACGUUACAUUACGACACGAAAUACCCAAACUACAGACUACAGGCGUCAUGCUUACAUCGUACGUUUCUUUAGCAGAAAAACGACAUUUAACAUGUAAAACACCGGUCGCCUCACCUAAGCGAACGCCACUGCGACACAAGAACGAAACUUUUGAUAAAACAGAAAUUGAAGAAUAUCUGGUAAAUGUGUCCAAUCCACACGAUUCGAUGCAUUUAAUCGAUUUAACAACACCUAUUAAAUCGCGGCCCCCAAGUGCAGUGCGCAAAGUGUUUUCCGGAAAAGUGGCCCAGUCUCCGCGCGUAUUGGACGCUAUCAAUUUGAUCUCACCAAGCCCCAAGAAAGUUAAUUAUACACCUAAUUCUGCGAAAGCUGUAGCACCUUCAACGCCUAAAGUAGCAUUGCUUAAAUCGGCCAUUAAAAACUCUCGAAUACAUGCUUCGGACACUAAGAAAACACCGUCGGCGUCGUCUCUAUCGAACAAGAAGACGCCAAAUGUUAAAAUCAAUUCGAGCGUUCGAACAGAUACACAUAAGGUGACACCGAUUUCUAGCAAAACUUCUGCGGUUAAGUUACGCAAACAUUUGAUAUCGUCGCUAAACAAAAAAGAUUCUAGUGGCACUUCAGUUCCAAACGUCACUGCAGAAGCACCAACAGAUCCAAGCACCACUCCAGUACCAAUUGUGACUACAGAAACAUUAAGCAAUCAUUCAACACCGGUACCCGAAAGCAUCCCUAGGGACCAACAGCCGCUACAAACCGUAAUACCCGAAUAUAAAGACGAGAUAAUCGCGAAUAUUGCAGAUAUGGGUGUUGAAGACACGGCAGUUGUUAUACCGAUGUUUGAUGUACAAUCAGUUAUAAAGAAGCCCAACAGGACAACACAAAUACGAUCGGCAAAAUAUUCAGAUGUGACGCCUCAUGAAUCCUUUAUGGAUGGAGUAACACCAGCUGUUGUCCCGCCGGAAGAGAAUGCGCUAGUGCUGCAUGCAGACAUCAACGAACCCGUGCGAUCUAACACGCUACACGAAGAGCUGAAAAACGUGAACGACCUACCUACAUGUACCCUGCUGAAACGUAAUUCUUGCUUACCGAUUAGUACUGCGCAAAUUACACCCCAGCCAACAAAGACACGGAAAACAUUUAGCGCUCUCGAUUACAACAGUUUAUCCGUAAGCCCGAUGAGCCGUGUUAAUAUCCCGGAAGAUCCGAUAAUAGAUUUGGAUUUAGAUUCGGAACUCAGUUCUCUGGAUGAUCGCGUGAAUGAGGAAGAACUUUUGGCAAGUAGUGAUUCAGAGCCUGGCCAUGAUAUAGAAAUAUUACCCCCGAAAGUUAGUACACCACAGCUGAGGGAUUCGUUACGAGAUACGCGAAAAUUUAUUGGUAGUGCUUUUACGUCCUUAAACACGUCAAGACCACAGCUGGACUUGACAGCCGAAAUAGAUGAAAGCCUACUGGUUAAUGAGGAAGAAGAACCGGAUCAUGGUAAUAAUGAGAUGUACAACAUGCAAGCAUCUCAUGAGUCAAAUUUGCCAAAUGAACAAAUUAUUUCGAAUGCCAUUGCCGUAAAUGAUGACACGGCGACGCCAAUGGAUACGAAGCCAAAAUCAUCUUCAGCAUCAAUUCUUUCUAACAGUAUGCGGCAAUGCUUUUCAUCUAAACACUCGAAAAUAAAUGACAGUCGAAGGAAUACGCUCGCCACUGCAGUUUUACAGGAUUCAUCAAGAGGAUUGACCAAAGAGGACAUAAUUUGUAUUUCAAAAUAUAUGGAAACGACUCCAUCUGAGGAUGAACCCAAACACAUCUCCGAUGUCUCUGUCCAUGAGCAGCUGCAACCAGUUGAUGCUGAUCUCGAUGACAGUAAGAAUAUGCUGAAUCCUGGUGUAGAUUCCAACCAACUGUCACCUAACUAUAGCGUAAAGAGUAUUACGAAAACACCAACACGUUUGCCGAAAUCUACCAAUGAGCAUGUAAGUGAAACUAAAAUGCUGCUUAGCACUCCUAAAAUCGCCGAUGGGUACAUACAAGAAAACCGUGAGAAUAUGUUCAGCACACCGAAAGCAAUAGAAUCAACUGAGGGUGGCUGCGAUAGGGUAUCAACUUGUAUCAAUCUGAUAGGUAUUAAGGAAAUGCUUAAGACUCCUAAAGUCUCUCAUUCAGACGUUAAUUACUGCCAUGCGAUGGAAAAUAUGUUUAGAACACCGAAAUCCGUAGUUUCAUCUGAGACAGAGAAGGAAAACAGUUGUGGUAAUGUUGAGUGUAAUGAAGAAUUGCACAACACUCUAUCCGUAGGCCAAACUGAUGGUCAAGAAUGUGAAGAAAUUAAACAUGGUAUUAAUGCUGAGCCUACAUCGCCAAGCGCUGAACUAGUGGGCAUUGACAAGAUGAAGGAACUGAGCAGCACACCUAAGUCGAUAUCUUUCGCUGAUGCAGAUCAAUAUGAAUCAUCUUGUAUCGAUCUGGUAGAUUGUGUUGACCCUUUGUCGUCUGCUGCUGAUAUCGAAGGCAAUCGUCAGGAUGAGGAGAUACCGAAAACACCGAAACCGAUAUCUACUAUCGAUGAAGAUCAAAAUGAGUUAUCCUGUGCGGAUCUGGUAGAUGCGGAAGAAGUCGAGUUGCAGGAAUUAAACAGAACACCGAAGCCAAUAUCUAGUAUCGACGCAGAUAAAAAUGAGUCAGUUUGUAUUGAGCUGGCAGUUGCGGAUGAUUCCUUAUCGCCUGCUGCUACUGCAGAAGACACCUGUGAGGUCGAGAAAAUACCCGAUGAACAGCCAAAUGCAUCAAUCUAUACUGAUCUUGCAGAUGUCGUCGAAGAUGUGGCAUCAACUGGCAAAAUCGAAGAAAACGUUGAGGUGAAUGAGUUGAACAAAACACCGAAAGCAGUUUUGUCUAAGCAAGUAGAAAACGAGAAAUACAAUUGUGUAAAUCUGGUAGGUGUGAAAGAGCUGCUUAAGACGCCUAAAAAAGGCAACGUUGAUGAUGCAGAUUAUCGUGAGCUUCAGGCCAUGUUCAAAACACCAAAGCCGUCAUCUGGAAUUACUGCUAAGGGCUCAGAGACCUGCGUAAAUUUGGUAGGGGUGAAAGAACUGUUAAAAACACCCAAAACUACCCACAAAGAAACUCAAGACUCGAUUGCGAUGCAAAAUAUGUUCAAAACUCCGAAGCCGGCAUCUUGUGACGAUGUAGAUUCGAAUGAGUCAACUUGUGCUGAAGUGAUAGAUAUCGCGGCGCCUGUGUCACCAACCAAUCUGGAAGAAAAUAACGAGAUUAAGAAGUUAAUUAGAACACCGCAAUCGAUUUCCUGUGCUGAUUCAGAUCAAAAUGAGUCAUCUUGUAUCGAUCUGUUAGAUUCUGUUGACCCUUUGCCUUCUGCUGCUGAUAUCGAAGGCAAUCGUCAGGUCGAGGAGAUAACGAAAAAACCGAAACCGAUAUCUACUAUCGAUGAAGAUCAAAAUGAGUUAUCCUGUGCGGAUCUGGUAGAUGCUGAAGAAGUCGAGUUGCAGGAAUUAAACAGAACACCGAAGCCAAUAUCUAGUAUCGACGCAGAUAGAAACGAAUCAGUUUGUAUUGAACUGGCAGUUGCGGAUGAUUCUUUAUGGCCUGCUGAUACAGUAGUAGAUACUUGUGAGGUCGAGAAAAUACCCGAUGAACAGCCAAGUGCAUCAACCUGUACCGAACUUGCAGAUGUCGUCGAAGUUGUGGCAUCAACUGGCAAAAUCGAAGAAAACGAUGAGGUGAAUGAGUUGAACAAAACACCGAAAGCAAUUUUGUCUAUGCAAGUAGAAAACGAGAAACAUAAUUGUGUAAAUCUGGUAGGUGUGAAAGAGCUGCUUAAGACGCCUAAAAAAGGCAACGUUGAUGAUGCAGAUUAUCUUGAGCUUCAAGGCAUGUUCAAAACACCAAAGCCGUCAUCUGGAAUUACUGCUAAGGGCUCAGAGACCUGUGUAAAUUUGGUAGGGGUGAAAGAACUGUUAAAAACUCCUAAAAACUCAGAAAUGGAUACGUCAAACUUGAGUGCGAUUCAAAAUAUGCUUAAAACACCGAAGCCGGUAUCUUGCGAUGAUGCAGAUUCGAAUGAAUCAGUCUGUGCCGAUAUUGAGGAUUUAGAAGAAGAGCCUAGAUCGCCAUGCGCUGAUAUUGAUGACAAUUGUAAGGUCGAAGAGAUAUCCAAAACACCGAAGGCGCAAUCUGCUUCUGACCUAGAUCAUAAUAAGUCAACAUGUGUUGAUAUUUCCGACGUCGUUCAGCCUGCGUCACCAAGCACUGAUAUAGAACACCAUGUUGAGGUUGAGGCAAAGGAGUUGUUACAAACACCGAAUCUGACACGUCAAUCUGAAAAGGAAGAUCGAAACUGCGGCAAUCUGGUAGGUGUGAAAGAGCUCCUUAAGACUCCGAAAAACAGCAACGUAGAUGAUGCUGAUUACCGUGAGCUUCAGGAUAUGUUCAAAACACCAAAACCAUGCAAUCCUGCAAUUUCCGGGAAAGCCGAUGAACCCAUUGUAAAUUUGGUAGGGGUGAAAGAGCUGUUAAAAACACCCAAAACUACCCACAAAGAAACUCAAGACUCGAUUGCGAUGCAAAAUAUGUUCAAAACUCCGAAGCCGGCAUCUUGUGACGAUGUAGAUUCGAAUGAGUCAACUUGUGCUGAAGUGAUAGAUAUCGCGGCGCCUGUGUCACCAACCAAUCUGGAAGAAAAUAACGAGAUUAAGAAGUUAAUUAGAACACCGCAAUCGAUUUCCUGUGCUGAUACAGAUCAAAAUGAGUCAUCUUGUAUCGAUCUGUUAGAUUCUGUUGACCAUUUGCCUUCUGCUGCUGAUAUCGAAGGCAAUCGUCAGGUCGAAGAGAUAACGAAAAAACUGAAACCGAUAUCUACUAUCGAUGAAGAUCAAAAUGAGUUAUCCUGUGCGGAUCUGGUAGAUGCUGAAGAAGUCGAGUUGCAGGAGUUAAACAGAACACCGAAGCCAAUAUCUAGUAUCGUCGCAGAUAAAAAUGAGUCAGUUGGUAUUGAACUGGCAGUUGCGGAUGAUUCCUUAUUGCCUGCUGCUACAGUAGUAGAUACUUGUGAGGUCGAGAAAAUACCCGAUGAACAGCCAAGUGCAUCAACCUGUACCGAACUUGCAGAUGUCGUCGAAGUUGUGGCAUCAACUGGCAAAAUCGAAGAAAACGAUGAGGUGAAUGAGUUGAACAAAACACCGAAAGCAAUUUUGUCUAUGCAAGUAGAAAACGAGAAACAUAAUUGUGUAAAUCUGGUAGGUGUGAAAGAGCUGCUUAAGACGCCUAAAAAAGGCAACGUUGAUGAUGCAGAUUAUCUUGAGCUUCAAGGCAUGUUCAAAACACCAAAGCCGUCAUCUGGAAUUACUGCUAAGGGCUCAGAGACCUGUGUAAAUUUGGUAGGGGUGAAAGAACUGUUAAAAACUCCUAAAAACUCAGAAAUGGAUACGUCAAACUUGAGUGCGAUUCAAAAUAUGCUUAAAACACCGAAGCCGGUAUCUUGCGAUGAUGCAGAUUCGAAUGAAUCAGUCUGUGCCGAUAUUGAGGAUUUGGAAGAAGAGCCUAGAUCGCCAUGCGCUGAUAUUGAUGACAAUUGUAAGGUCGAAGAGAUAUCCAAAACACCGAAGGCGCAAUCUGCUUCUGACCUAGAUCAUAAUAAGUCAACAUGUGUUGAUAUUUCCGACGUCGUUCAGCCUGCGUCACCAAGCACUGAUAUAGAACACCAUGUUGAGGUUGAGGCAAAGGAGUUGUUACAAACACCGAAUCUGACACGUCAAUCUGAAAAGGAAGAUCGAAACUGCGGCAAUCUGGUAGGUGUGAAAGAGCUCCUUAAGACUCCGAAAAACAGCAACGUAGAUGAUGCUGAUUACCGUGAGCUUCAGGACAUGUUCAAAACACCAAAAUUAUGCAAUCCUGCAAUUUCCGGGAAAGCCGAUGAACACAUUGUAAAUUUGGUAGGUGUGAAAGAACUGUUAAAAACACCCAAAACUACCCACAAAGAAACUCAAGACUCGAUAGCGAUGCAAAAAAUGUUCAAAACACCGAAGGCAAUAUCUUCAGUUGAAACAAACACUGAUAAAGCAGAAUCAUCCUUUGUUAGUCUAGUUGGUGUAAAAGAGCUGCUCAAGACUCCUAAAAGCUUUGUAACAGAGACGCAAGAUUUGUCUGAUAUGCCAGAUAUGUUCAAAACUCCAAAACCUAUAUCUGCAAAUAAGUUAGACAACAAGAAAUCAGUAAAGCAUGAUGAUAGCGCAAAAGAGUCCGUCGAAAUGGCAAAGGAGGAGACAAAACAUGAUCCAGCAACACCUACAAGAACGAUGCGAAAGCGAAAGCUUUACUCAAGAAAAGAUGAGGAAAUCAAAACCCCUGACAAUUUAACGGCUCCAAGUCCACAGCGUGGUGUUACAGAUGCAGAGUAUUUGAACAUAUUAAAACUCCCAGUUGCGAAGGAGAAUAUUUUAACUGAAAAGUUUUCGGAAUCUCCUGCUCGAAGAGAUAUGCCGAAACGAACAUGUCGUCAAAAAAUCGAUAGUUUGUCAGAGGAGAUUUUGGCCGGAAAAUCUCCAGCCCCGAAAUACUGCAAACCACCAGCGCAGAAAGAAGAUGCUGCUACGCUAAUCAUAAAGGAAGAAGUAGAUGCUCUAUUAACAAUUAGACGUGUUGGAUUCAAUGAUGUUAUAAACGUUAAGGAAUUCAACUCGCCAAAUAUUGUUGGAGAUGUAAUAAAGAACGUUAAUAGACAACCACGGGGAAGGAAACGUACUACUGAGGCACAUGAUUCGUUGAAUAGCUCAGAAGAAGCUACGGAGCAGGUGGUUGAAAAUGUCAAGAGAAAACGUGGGCGACCACCGAAGGUUAAGGAGAAUUUGGAACAACAGAAGGCAGUUGCUACGGGUGGUAGUCAACGAAGAACUGAAUCUAACGCAACCAGCGAGUCAGAGGAUUUAGUUAUCGACCAACAAAGCUCGGAUGUCACUAAUGAGGAUAUGGGGCUUGUUGAUACAGAGACAAAGGAGAAAAAUGAAGAUGAGCAACCCACUGAUGUACAUGGUAUCGAGCAGAAACUUCCAAGAAGACGGCAACAAACAAAAGGGCUUAAAUCAGCAUCAGCAACGAAGCAAAUUUUAAACGAAGAAAGUGUGAAUGAAAACAAUACACCGGUCAAGAAACGGGGACGGACACAAAAGAAAGCGUCUGAAGUUGAAGUUUUGGCUGAAACAUCUAAUAGCACACCUUUGAGAAGAGGAAGGCCUAAGAAAGUUUUGCAAAUAGUAGAAGAAACAGUCUCAACUGAUAAACAGAAUAAUGAAACAGAUAAACAACUAGCACAGGAUGAAACGAAGUCAGUUGACGAAGAAGCUAACGUAGAAGUAAAUAAAAUGACCGAAUCGGGAAAAGAAGAGCAAGAUAUUGUAAAACCUGUUGUAAAAGGACGUAGACGUAAGAUAGAAGCACACAAGGAGGAAGAUACGGGGCAUAAGUCAGCGGAGACUGUACAAGAAGGAAUGAAGCCUGCCAGCAGAGGCCGUAGACGUAAGGUUGAAGAACCACAGGAGAAAGAAUUGGAAAAAGAAGUUCCAGAAACAGUGCAGGAUAAGCCGAAAGUUGUUGGUAGAGGCCGUAGACGUAAGAUAGAGGUACAUAAUGAAGAUGAAACGAUAAAAGAAGAUGCUUUUUCAGUCGCACAGCUAACAACGAAACCGGUAGCCAGAGGCCGUAGACGCAAGAUUGAAGAACAGCAUGAUGAAGAACCGUCAGAAAAAGUAAUAGAAGAUGUGCAGGAUUCAUCCAAACCUGUUGACAAAAGUCCUCAGCGUAAUAUAGAGGUAUGUGUUGAGGAAGAUUCGGGCAAAGUAGAUGUCGCUGUUGCACAGAAUGAAGCCAAGCCUGUGCGUAAAGGUGGUAGACGUAAGCAGGAACUAAAUAAAGCAGAAGACACAGAGAGUGAAGAUGCAUCAGCUAUAAAGGAUGAAGUGAAACCUGUCGGCAAAGGGCGUAGACGUAAAGUAGAAGUGCAGACAAAAGAAGAGCCGACUGAAGUGAAAACUGUCAAAGGUCGUAGACGUAAGAUAGAGGUGCAAGCUGAAGAGGAAGAACCACAGAAAGUGGAAGAGAAACAUGAACCUAGUGAAAGCCUAAAACGUGGUAAGAGCGAAACUGUUUUCGUUAGUGGAUCGCAGCAGGAUACAGGCGAACAGAAACACGAUCAGGAAACUAGCGCCAAAACCACGGCGAAGGCAAGAAAAACCACCAAGAAAGAUGAAGCAAGCAAUACUGAUGAUUCGGUCGUAGUAGAAGAAAAUGCUGCUGAUUCAAGUUCAAAAACCGAGACGAGGCCGGUGAGAAAAACUCGUGCUAAAAGAAACUAAUUCGCAAAUGGCGUGGUAACAUCAUCAUUUAUUUUGUUUGGUUCAUUCGUUUUUAUUUUACGAUAUACAUAUUAUCUCUUUUGUGUUAUUUCGUUUGUGUGUAAUGCAUAUGAGUUAUUUGAAUACACUAUAUUAUAUUAUAGUUUUUA